GCAGACAUCCUGCAGUGGUUCUCUCUUUCGUACAACGAUCUAUCAAUUAAGUUUGAAGAUCACUGUGCUCUGCAGACUUGUGCCAAACUCUAACCUUGCAGUUGACUGACAUAUAACUAGAGGGGUGAGACAUGAGUCAACGCCACCACCAAAACGAGGCUUAUACGAGCGCCGAAUGACUCAACCUUAUCUAACGAUUGGCAAGCAAACUACCGGAAACUGCCAAAAAUAGACGGUGACAAGAUCAUACCAAAACGCGGGGCAUUAAACCAGCUCUACUCCCUUGCGGAGAUCACAACCACAAAGUAUCCUCAUAAUCCAGUUAAAACACUACGGAGUAUCAGUCAUGGCGGCGGCCAUCUACGAACCUCAACUCAUCACGCGUAAUCCCUUCGCGCGAGAUCCAGCUGUACGACUGCGCGCCAAGUCAAAACCCAAGGGCGUGCAACGAGCGCGACUUAAGCAUCGCACCAUCAUCGAGCAGCAAGCAGCGGCAGAGGCAGAAGCCAGACUGCAAGCAAUAAUCGCGCAAAAGACCGAGCCCGAUCUCUUGGACAGAUUCUUCGCCCUGCCUUCCGAAGUGCGAAACCAUGUCUACCGUCUUCUCGUAGUGCAGCCAUGCAAAUUCGGCUUCAACCACUCCUUCCAAUGCAAGCGACUAUUUUACGAAUACCCGGGUCCAGCCCAUACCGCUUCGGGCCCAGAGGGGAGUAUGAACUUCGCCUGUGCUGACUGUCGAUCGUACGCUUGGAGCCAAGCACGUCCUGUCUUUGUGUCGCCGGCACGCAGUCAAUGGUCGCCUCCGAUGACGAACGAGUAUCUGUGCGAUAACUGCUACUCGGCGAACGUUAGGGCCAAGCGAGAACCGCAUCCCACGCUGCGGAAUCUCAAGUGUCUCUGUGCGCGACGACAGAAUCUGCAUAUUUUCCUGAUUAACAAACGGUUUUAUAAAGAGGCGUCGCAUGUGUUCUGGACGGAGAAUUGGUUUGCAUUCGAGAACACGACUGUUCUUAUCAACUUCCUAUCGUGUAUUCGGCCGCAGACCCGGUCGUUGAUUACCAAGAUUUCGUUUAUGAUUGAUCCGGAUGAGCAGGGUGUGAAUCUGGAUCGGAAGUAUGUACAGCAGUGCUGGCGGUUACUACGGUUGUGUGAUGGGUUGAUGGAGCUGGAGCUGGAUCAGCUCUUUCUGUCGAAUCUACAAUGGGUCCUGGGAAUCAAGAAUAUCACGCCGAAGAGGCGGAUGGCGUUUAUGAAGACGCCAGAUAGGGCGGAGAUUGCUUAUUUAAUGACAUAUGACCGGCGCAUUUGGCAGGGGGUUUCAAGGCGACAGCCUGUGAGGAAUAUAUUGACGCAUACACUGGCCAAAAGUAUGUUGAAGCAGAGACCCAUGACGGCGAAGGCAGUGCGGGCUCUGUUUGACAGGCAGCAGCGGGGAGAGAAUGGAGAUGUGAGUGAUGGUGAUUAGAUGUUGCCCUAGUGUGGGCCGGGGCGCGGAGAUCUCAUCACUUGAUGUAUAUUAAAAUAAUAGUCACGAAUCAAUAUCACAUACUUCCAUGUAGCUAGAUUCAUCGCGAUGCAUCCG